AUGGACUCAGAGUUGAGGACAUACGAAUUUCAGCUGUCGCAGGUAGAUACAGCGCUGGAAGCUGAGCCUGACAAUGAAGAGCUCAAGUCACUUCGCGCUGAGCUCGCUAAUCUCAUUGCGCUGACCAAGGAGUACCAGAAGGAUCAGGACGCCACGCAAGCCAAAGCGUCUGCUAAGGCCAAAGAGUCUAAACACGAGUACCAUGCAGGUGAUGAAUGCAUGGCGCGGCAUCAGGCUGAUGGGCGGUGGUACCCGGCCAAAAUCACCUCUGUCACAGGCUCCUCGGAGAAUCCAGUGUACGCCAUUUUAUUUACCAAGUACAAGACGACAGAAAUGGUCACGGGGGCCGAUUUACGUCCACGACAGGUUCAUUCCAAUGCGACCAGCACGUUGGAUGCGGCUUCAGGGCAGGCGCCUGCGUAUACCAAGCCCAAAACAGCACCUGCACGGCCUAUGACGAACGAUGAGCGUGAGCGUGAGCGUGAACGCAAGCGGGUACGCAAAGAAAAGAAGAUGCAACGGGAAGCAGAAAAGAACCGCGUGCACGAUCAAAAGCAAUCUGCCUGGCAAAAGUUCCAAGCCAAAGCCGUGAAGAAACGGUAUGCCGGCGCACAAGACAAGAGCAUGUUCACGACGUCAGACAACCCGUAUGCAAAAGUGGGUUCCUCGGGCCGUGGAAUGACGCAGCAAGCGCCACGCAUGAGAAAUGCGUACGAGCCCUCCUCCACGGCAGACGACUAA